CCGCUAGGUCACAGGUCACGUGACGCGUCUCCCCGCCCUCUCACCCUGCUUCCCCUAGGUUCUGAAAAGAUGGCGAAGGUUUCAGAGCUUUACGACGUCACUUGGGAAGAAAUGCGUGAUAAAAUGAGAAAAUGGAGAGAAGAAAACUCAAGAAAUAGUGAGCAAAUUGUGGAAGUUGGAGAGGAACUAAUCAAUGAAUAUGCUUCUAAACUUGGAGAUGAUAUUUGGAUCAUAUAUGAACAGGUGAUGAUUGCAGCCCUAGACUAUGGUCGGGAUGACUUGGCAUUGUUUUGUCUUCAGGAGUUAAGAAGACAGUUCCCUGGCAGUCACAGAGUCAAGCGACUAACUGGCAUGAGAUUUGAAGCCAUGGAAAGAUAUGAUGAUGCAAUACAGCUAUAUGAUCGGAUUCUACAUGAAGAUCCAACUAACACUGCUGCAAGAAAGCGUAAGAUUGCCAUUCGAAAAGCCCAGGGAAAAAAUGUGGAGGCCAUUCGGGAACUGAAUGAAUAUCUGGAACAAUUUGUUGGAGACCAAGAAGCCUGGCAUGAACUUGCAGAACUUUAUAUCAAUGAACAUGAUUAUGCUAAAGCAGCCUUUUGUUUAGAGGAGCUUAUGAUGACUAAUCCACACAACCACUUGUAUUGCCAGCAGUAUGCUGAAGUUAAAUAUACCCAAGGUGGACCUGAAAACCUUGAACUUUCCAGGAAGUAUUUUGCACAGGCAUUGAAACUGAACAACAGAAAUAUGAGAGCUUUGUUUGGACUUUACAUGUCAGCAAGUCAUAUUGCUUCUAAUCCAAAAGCAAGUGCAAAAACAAAAAAGGACAACAUGAAAUAUGCUAGUUGGGCAGCUAAUCAAAUAAACAGGGCUUAUCAGUUUGCAGGUCGGAGUAAGAAGGAAACCAAAUACUCUCUCAAGGCAGUUGAAGACAUGUUGGAAACACUGCAGAUUACCCAGUCUUAAGGUUUCAAAAACUUUCACAUUCCAUUGCACAACUGCACAACUUAUUGGCCUGUGACUUAUUUACUAAAUGUCCAAUUCUAUUUAUAUACUAAUUUUCUGUUAAAGCAGUUGUAAAUAAUGUGUUUAUAUAAACUUAAAAAUGCCUUUUAUUAAUAAGCAGGAAGAUGGGAAAAGUCCAUGGAAGAAAAAUUUAAGAAGAAUCUUAUUGAUUGUACAUCAUUCUCUUAAUAUCACACUGCUUUUAAACCAUAAUGUGAUAUAGAAAUAACCUCGUUAAAUAAACCAUGAUGAUUUAUUAAACUUGCAUGUGAAGAUUAUAGAUUCUGUUACACUUAAAUAGUGAACAUGUUUUAGCACUCAAUUUCUAGUUAAUUCCUUUUUAUCUGUGGUAGGAAAUACAUAGCAUAUAUAACUGACACAAACUAAAUACUGGUAUAUUAUCUUGAGUCUCUUUUAAUGUCAGGUUGGAUUUUUUCUCAGUGUUUCAAUAGACUAUUUUGUGUGCUACAAUGUUAGUCUGCUAAAUCAUAUUAAAAUAUGUCACACUCAAAAAUUUGGUAAUCUUUGUAAACUGCUUUGCCAUAGGAUAUAAUUAUUUAUACCUAUAAACUGUUUUAUGGUUUAUAAAUGCUUUAAUGAUAUUUAACCUUUAUAGAAGUUAUAUCUAAAAGUUACAGUUAUUGAACUUUUAACUGUAAAUUAUACAAAGAAAAUUUAGAGGUGUAGAGAAUAGGAGCUAAAAGGGUUUCAGUGGCUGAGUUAUUUUUACUUUAGGAAAAAAUAAAAAAAAAUCUAAACUAUCUUUAGAGGAAAAACAAUCCUCAUAUCUCAUUACCUUCUUAGUAAUAAUUGGAAUUUCUUCCUUUUUCUCUUUCCUACUAAUUAAUCAUUGUAAUACCUUCAACAGUAGUUUGCAUGUCUUAGUAGAAUAGAAAGAACUUUUAUUUAUGUCAUUGAGACGUAUAUAGGUUUUUAGAAUAGGCAGUUGUUCAUUUAGGACCAAUAUUUAUCAUUAGUAUUAGUUUGUAAUUUACAUAUAUGUUGCAUAUAAUACAUAUGUGAAUAAUAUUACUUAUUUUUUAAUACCAACACUAUACAGAAACUUCUCACUUGUCAUUGCUGGAUUUGGGCAAAUGGAGAUCAUGGAGGAAUUGACAGUCUUUAGGAAGAAAACUUACCAAUACUAGCAUUUUAACCUUUACAAUAAUUCUGUUAUUCUUCCCGUCUAGUGUAAUUCUUUCAUGUUGCAGUCCUUUUCAUUUUAUUCUGCCAUGAGUAAUGAGUAAAUGUGAAAUAACUCUUGUCAUAUGAAGAUAAUUCUCAACUAAUCUUUGUUAUCACAAGAUGUACCCUUUUUGCUCAUGAAUUUAAUAACUGCAUUUUCAGCAUAAUCAGCCAUUUCAAAUUUGUUUGCUACAAAGAAAAUAGUGCCCACAUACUACUGCACUACCUUAUUCUCUCAAAUCUGUUCCCAUCUGUCACUAGAAUAGUGUUUUCUUUAACAAUUAAAUUUGUGUAAUAAUUUAGUGCCUCAUUACUCUCAACUUUAGUUUCACUUUAUUUUUUCAAAUUUUAAUA